AGCGGAGGCCUGGCCUUGGUAGGCGCCAACGACGAGCCUCGUUGGUUGUUAAGAAAAUAAUUUAUCAGAAAGGAGAUGGUUUUAAAUGAGAUGAACAAUGAUGGAUGCGAUCAAGAGGACAAAAAAUGCUUGGAGCCUGAUGUCAUCGCGAAAGGAAACAUACUUGAAAGUUUUACAGAGAGUCAAGAAAUGCAGGAGAUGAUUAAUCAUCUUAGAUUGGUAUAUGAAGAUCUGAUACUACGAGAAAGGGUUCUUGAAAAAUUUAAAGUUAUAAUGGAUAAAUACCAGGAACAGCCUCAUCUUUUGGAUCCCCAUUUAGAGUGGAUGUUGAAUUUGCUGCUAGAUAUUAUCCGACAUGAAGCAUCUCCUCCUCUUCUAAUUCAUCUGGCCUUUCAAUUUCUCUACAUUAUUUCAAAGGUACGAGGAUAUAAAACCUUCUUGCGACUAUUUCCUCAUGAAGUAGCAGACGUACAGCCUGUUCUAAAUAUGCUUGUAGCUCAGAAUCCAAAAGACUAUGAGAUCUGGGAGACUCGUUACAUGCUGUUGUUGUGGUUAUCUGUAACAUGUUUAAUCCCAUUUGAUUUGGCACGGCUAGAUGGAAAUAUUGCUUCCAUAGAAGGAUGCCCCCGUGUAUCAACAAUGGAUCGAAUUCUGGCAGUAGCAAAAUCAUACCUUGUUGUAAGUGAUAAGUCUCGUGAUGCAGCUGCGGUCCUGGUCUCAAAGUUUAUUACCCGUCCUGAUGUCAGACAAAAAAGAAUGGCAGACUUCCUGGAUUGGACCCUUUCAACAUUAUCUAAAUCCUCUUUUCAGAAUAUUGAGGGGAUUAUUGUAAUGGAUGGCAUGCUUCAAGCCCUGGCACAACUUUUCAAACAUGGCAAAAGGGAAGAUUGUUUACCAUAUGCUUCUACUGUGCUUGAAUGUCUUGACAACUGCAAGCUCUUUGAAAGUAACCAAACAAUUCUUCGCAAGCUGGGAGUGAAACUUGUUCAGCGACUUGGUCUGACAUUUCUUAAGCCAAAGGUGGCAAAGUGGAGGUAUCAACGGGGAUUCCGAUCUUUAGCUGCAAAUCUACAGUUUUCCACUGGAGGUCUCAUUCCGCAGAAAACAGAAAAUAUAGCAGUUAACACAGGAGAGGAGGAGGAGGAAGAAGAGGAAUAUGAUAUUCCAGGAGAGGUUGAAAAUGUUAUAGAGCAGUUGUUGAUUGGCUUAAAAGACAAAGAUACUAUCGUCAGAUGGUCUGCAGCAAAAGGGAUUGGCAGGUUAACUGGAAGGCUGCCAAAAGAGUUAGCUGAUGAUGUUGUUGGAUCUGUAUUAGAUUGCUUCAGUUUUCAGGAAACUGAUAAUGCGUGGCAUGGUGGAUGUUUGGCACUGGCUGAAUUGGGAAGAAGAGGAUUGUUACUACCUUCCCGAUUAUCAGAUGUUGUUCCUGUGAUUUUGAAAGGACUAACUUUCGAUGAAAAACGGGGAGCUUGCAGUGUUGGCUCCAAUGUACGAGAUUCUGCUUGCUACGUAUGUUGGGCUUUUGCUCGUGCCUAUGACCCUUUAGAACUGAGACCUUUUGUUAACCAGAUUGCAAGUGCCCUGAUUAUAGCUGCUAUAUUUGACCGUGAUGUUAACUGCAGAAGAGCAGCCUCGGCUGCCUUCCAGGAGAAUGUUGGUAGACAGGGGACUUUUCCGCAUGGAAUUGACAUUGUGACUACAGCUGAUUAUUUUGCUGUUGGUAACAGAGCUAAUUGUUUUCUCAAUAUAAGUGUAUAUGUUGCUGGAUUUCCUGAGUAUACACAGCCAAUGAUUGAUCAUCUGAUUAACAUGAAGAUCAACCACUGGGAUUGUGUUAUUCGGGAGCUUUCAUCCAAAGCUCUGCAUAAUCUCACUCCAUUGGCUCCUGAAUAUAUGACCAGGGAAGUUGUACCAAAGCUGCUGACUUUAGCAGUUGGUAUAGAUCUCCAUACCCGACAUGGAGCAAUUCUAGCAUGUGCUGAGAUUACCCAUGCUUUGAGUCUUUUAGCAGAAGAAAAUAAGAGACUUAUUUCAUUUUAUUUGGAUGAAAAAACUUUGGAAGGACUUAAGCAGAUUCAUGUAGAGCUUCAUCGUCGUCAGUUGUAUAGAGGUUUAGGUGGAGAACUAAUGAGGCCAGCUGUCUGCACUUUGAUUGAAAAGUUGUCACUUUCAAAAAUGCCUUUUAGAAAAGAUCUCAUAAUUGAUGAUUGGCAGUGGCUGAUCAAUGAUAGUUUACAAAGCCUUCACCUUAUUUCAAGCAAUUCAAGACAGCAAGUAAAAGAAUCAGCAGUGUCUGCAUUAGCUGCUUUAUGUAAUGAAUAUUACUGCAAUGAAGAGGGAGGAGCAAAUCCAGCUGAGCAAAAUUUGCUGGUGCAAUACAUUUCAGGCCUUCAAAGCCAUGAGCAAAUGAUUCGCUGUGGUUUUUCACUAGCCUUGGGUGCCCUUCCGAAAUUCCUUCUAAAAGGCAAACUCCAGGAGGUUUUAGAUGCUUUGAAAAAAGUCACUUCGAUUUCUGGAGGUGUGAGUUUUGCUGAAUCCAGAAGAGAUGGCCUAAAAGCUGUUGCAAAAGUUUGCUUGACAGUAGGGGUGAAUGGAGAAGGAUCACCAAAUGAAUUUGUGUGUAAACGUAACGUUACAGAGAUAUAUAACAUAUUGUUGGAUGGUCUGAAUGAUUACACAACAGAUAGCAGAGGCGAUGUUGGAGCAUGGGUGAGAGAAGCUGCUAUGACGAGUUUGAUGGAAGUAACCCUGUUGUUAACCAGGACUGAGCCAGCCUUAAUUGAUGCAAAUGUUUCCGAGCGGAUUAUGUGCUCUGUGGCUCAACAGUCAGCUGAAAAAAUUGACCGAUAUCGAGGUCAUGCAGGAUCUGUGUUCCUCACCUUCCUUUACUUUGAUAACCCUCCAGUCCCACACAUACCCCAUCGGGAAGAUUUGGAGAGGAUAUUUCCAAGGUCAGAAGCUGUAACUUUCAACUGGAAAGCUCCAUCCCAGGCCUUCCCCAGAGUCACACAACUUUUGGGAUUAGCAUCCUAUCGCUACCACAUUCUGACAGGUCUCACUGUAUCAAUUGGAGGCCUAACUGAAUCAACAGUGCGAUGCUCAUCCCAAAGUCUGUUCAACUAUCUGAAGAAUAUUCAGAAUGACAGAGAUGCAAUGAGCAUCUUUUGUGAGACUUUGCUGAAAGUCUUUGAGGACAACCUGCUGAAUGACAGAGUAUCUGUUCCACUGCUAAAGAUGCUGGAUCAGAUAUUGGCCAAUGGGUGCUUUGAUGUGUUUAUAACUGAAGAAAACCACCCAUUUCCUAUGAAGUUGCUCACUCUUUGUAAAGAAGAAAGCAAGAGAUCUAAAGAUAUCCAGAAACUCCGUUCCAGCAUUGCUGUGUUUUGUGGCUUGGUUCAAUUUCCAGGUGACAUGAGAAAAAAAGUUCUAUUUCAGCUGUUCCUCCUUCUUUGCCAUCCAUUUCCUGUUAUAAGAAAAACAGCUGCUAGUCAGGUUUAUGAGAUGCUGAUAACCUACAGUGAUAUUGCCGAACCUGAUGUUUUAGAAAAUGUCAUGACAAUUCUGAGUGACACUAAUUGGGAUGCAGACUUGCCAUUUCUGAGGAAGCAGCGGAAUUACCUCUGUGACUUAAUGAACGUGCCCAAGCCCCAAUUGGUAGUGAAGAGCUCAUAAUUGGAAAUCAAUUAAUAUUGAAAAUUACAGUGAAUCCGUAGACACAAAGGAGCAAGCAACUUCAACAACUUGGAUAACAGCAUUUACUGAUCAAGUUAAAAAGAAAAGGCUAAAAAAUGAGAACCUAGUUUUGAAAGUUAUACUUCUUUUUAACUCCUUUUUCUAAAAGAAUAUCUUUUGGUUUCAAAAGUUAAUAUAUAUGUUGGUGGUUUUGUGUUUCUUUCUGAAAAUUAAAUUAAAUUGUGUUGAAAAGUUCAAAUAACUGCAGUUUCUAUUCUCUCUGUUGUUUGACUUUAUUAAGUUACAACAUUCCAAAUUUUACUAUAAUCAAAGUUACCUUGUCAAAUAAGUUAUGCAUUAUAUAAAUAGUCCCGAUCUACCAUUUCAAAACCUAUCUGCAGAAGAGUAGCAGCUUCACUCUUUAGAAAAGACAUUUGAGAAUAAAUUAUCCAGUUGACAUAUCAAUCAAAUGGUAUAAUGAAGUCUGUGGGCAUUCCUGCCAUUUGAGAAGAGCACAAAAUGGAUAGGAUUUCAACCCUGAUACAUUGAUUCCAGCUGAAAAACUGUCACCUUUCUAAACAGAAGUAUAAUUUAUCACUCAAACUUGAUACAAUAUCCUGACUUUUUCAAUGUUGACAAUGUUUUUUUAAAAUGCAUUGAAAUAUUUCUGCUGGUUAAAAAAAAUGCACAAGAAAAUACUAGCUGAAAUAAUGCAAGCAACAUUGGUUGGCAAAAUUAAAAUUGCAUUUGAAAAGCUUGACAAGUUUUUGUUUUGUCUUAACAAUGAGUGGAAAAUCAGAAACAAAUAGGAACAUGUAGCAUGUGGGAUUUGAUUCUCAAAAUGUAGUUUACAGGAUGAAUGUAAAAACUGUGCAUAACUUUUUAAAACAGUUGUGCCCUUAGAAUCACUUAGCAAUGGAAGAGGGCAGCAGUCCCAGGAAAGAGUUGGCUACUUUAAAGGUUAAAGAUAAAAUCUUUAUGCUCUCACAUAUUUUUUUAAUUAUUUCCCAAACGAUGCAUAGCCCUAGUAAAAACAGCAUUCUGUUAAAGUUGUUGACGUAAGUAUUUUCCCCUUUUCAAAUGUGUCUGUACGAAAAAUAAAUUUGUGUAAAAGACAACGUGAUUUUUUUUUUCUUCUGUAGGAAUUUAUUUUUACUUAAAACAAGCAUUUAAUGUUUUUUGGAUGUUCAUAACAAUAAACAUCUGAUGGAGAGGAAGCAUAAAUAAAAGUUAAUUCAUGU